AUGUCAAAUCCAUUUUUAGUACCUCAAACUCCACCAAGAUUCAAAUCAAACAAUAAUAAUAAAGUAUCAUUUGAUAAUGAUAGUCAUAUUGAUAAUAAUCAAAAACAUAUGAAUAAUUAUGAAACUCCAAAUAGACCAAAUAAAUCAAUUUUAUUAACUCCUUCAACAAUAAGUAAGAACAAUAAUCAUAAAACUUCUAUAUUUGAUCAACCAUCACAUUUACAUCCACAUUCACAUUCACAUAUAAGGAGGAAAUCUAAUUCAUCAAAUUAUAACAAAUCAUCAUUUCCAUUUACACCAAAAACUCCACAAAAAUCACCUACGAAGUCUCAAAAUCAAUAUCAAACGUCUACAUCAAAUCAUCAUAUAUAUAAUAGGAAAAAAAACUUAAAUGAUAUAUUCUUAGAAUCAUCAUCUAAUACAACUAGUUCAUCAUCUAAUGCUGCAUUACUAACUCCUAGCAAGAAUGAAAAAUUAUCAUUUGGUUUAUUUUUACCAUCACCUUCUACAGUUGGUAAAGGUAGAAAUUAUAAUUCUAUUAAUAAAAAUUUAAAUCAUAGUCCUAUAUUAUUUGAUAAAAAGAAGAUUGAAGAAUUGAAGAAUUUGAAACCUUCAUAUUAUGAAGAAGAGGAAGAUAUUGAUGUAGAAACAGAGGAUGAAAUACUAAAAGAAGAAGAACAAGAUGACCCAGCAGAAUUGAAAAUACCAUCGACUCCUAAAAAACAAUUAAUAGAUGAUAUAAAAGUAAAAGAAUGGCAUGGAAAACUGUUUAAUAAUAAAUUUUUAGAUGAUGAAGAUGAUGAAACUUCAAUAAUGACUUUAGAAGAUACAAAAAAAAUCCCCAAAAUAAAGUUAAUAAAUCCAUUUUUAGAAGAUGAUAAUGAGAAUAAUGAUAGAAAAUUCACUAGUGGGGUCCAUCUCAAUGAUCAACAUUCAUCUAAACAAAAAGACAUAAAUUAUAAUACUCAUAUGGAAUUAAUUGAUAAACAAGGUAAUAAAAAAAUUAUAAAAUUAUCAAAAAAUCAAUUAAAAUAUAAACCAAAAAAAUUAAAUUUUGAAAAUAUUUAA